AUGUCUUCUCAGAGCCAUCUAACAAAAGCCAUUCUUCCUUCCAUCCACCUCCCAAGAGCCGUUCCCCCUUCAGCCACCUCCCAACAGACUUUCCCCCCUUCAGCCACCUCCCAACAGCCGUUCCCCCUUCAGCCACCUCCCAACAGCCGUUCCCCCUUCAGCCACCUCCCAACAGCCGUUCCCCCUUCAGCCACCUCCCAACAGCCGUUCCCCCUUCAGUCACCUCCCAGCAGUCGUUCCCUUCAGCCACCUCCCAACAGCCGUUCCCCCUUUCAGUCACCUCCUAGCAGUCGUUCCCCCUUCAGCCACCUCCUCCUUCCUGCCAACAGCCAUUCCUCCUUUCAGCCACCUCCCAAUAGCCAUUCCCCCUUUCAGCCACCUCCCAACAGCUGUUCCCUUCAGCCACCUCCCAACAGCCGUUUCUUCCCUUCAGCCACCUCCCAACAGCCAUUUCCCCUUUCAGCCACCUCCCUUCUUCCCUUCAGCCACCUCCCAACCAGCAGCUUUUCCCUUCAGCCACCUCCCAACAGCCAUUCUUCCCUUCAGCCACCUCCCAACAGCCGUUCCCCUUCAGCCACCUCCCAACAGCCAUUCCCCCUUCAGCCACCUCCCAACAGCCGUUUCUUCCCUUCUUCAGCCACCUCCCAACAGCCAUUCCCCCCUUCAGCCACCUCCCAACAGCCUUUCCCCUUCAGCCACCUCCCAACAGCCAUUCCCCUUCAGCCACCUCCCAACAGCCGUUUCCCCUUCAGCCACCUCCCAACAGCCAUUUCCCUUCAGCCCUCCCAACAGCUGUUUUUCCCCUUCAGCCACCUCCCAACAGCCAUUCCCCUUUCAGCCACCUCCCAACCACGGUCUUCAGCUUCCCUUCAGCCACCUCCCCCAACAGCUGUUUCACCCUUCAGCCACCUCCCAACCACCCCACCUCCCAACAACACAUUUUUCCCUUCAGCCAUCUCCCAACAGCUGUUCUUCCCUUCAGCCAUCUCCCAACAGCUGUUUUUCCCUUCAGCCAUCUCCCAACAGCUGUUCUUCCCUUCAGCCAUCUCCCAACAGCUGCUAUUCCCUUCAGCCAUCUCCCAACAGCUGUUUUUCCCUUCAGCCAUCUCCCAACAGACGUUCUUCCCUUCAGGCCCCCCCCAACAGCUGUUUUACCCUUUAGCCACCUCGCAACAGCCGUUCUUCCCUUAA